UGUCUUAGUCGCCUUCAGCCUUGCGGUUCCCGCUUUUUUUCCGUCUCGUUGCCGUCUAAUGUCACAUGUCAUAGUGCCGUGGUCACAUGACAACCCCUUACGUUGACGCAUGCCGUUAGGAAGAAGUGGGGACAGUCAGGAGGCGAGCCCGAUGCCCAAAAAUUAUCCGUCACCACUUCGAUCCUGGAUCCGUUAACGUUCAUACGUUAUUAACUAUUAUACUUGCAAUAUUUUAUAUUCUGUAAACUGCAUAAUUUUCCGGGCAAUUAACUUGCAACCUAGUAUUCUUUCUUUGUACUGUUUAUUAGUAAUUAAUUAUAAUUAAACUUAAGCAUAUUUAAAAUAUUAUACGUUACCGGCGAUAUAUUCGCGGUAAUAAUAUUAUAAAUUAAAUAAUAAAAUCAGUGUAUUAAUUGGCGUGCUUCCACGUGGCCACUGAUUGGCACCCGGCAUUCCAACCAGGACCAAUAUUGUACUUUGAAGGAAUUUAAUUAUCAUUCAUCAUGAGAGUAAAAUUAUUUGGCGACUCAGAUACCGAGGCCUCACUCCAUGAGUCUGGGGAUGAAGUAUCUGAUGUUGAAACAUCAUCAACUCAUCCAGUUACACCACCAUCUGCUUCAUUAUCACUCUCAUUAAAUACCACAUCAGAGUUGUCGCAUAUUACUGACACAACACCGUCAAUUUCGUCACCGGCUACACCAGUGAUAACAACAACCGUUGCAUCAUCAUCAACAUGGUCUACUGGGCUAGUAUCAUCAGCUGAGUCCGGAACUUCUUUGCCACCAUGGCAAACAACAACUGGUAUCGAGUUUGGUCGGCCCUCAUCUGUAUUAUAUGUACCGAGUACUACUACUCCUACGUCAGCAAUGAUUGAGACACUUACUAAAUUCAUGAAAGAUGAAUUUAGUAAAUUACAUGCUCGUAUUGACCGUGCCACCAGUCAACGUCCUACGGUCACGCCAACAUCAUCUGGGAUAUCAAGAUUCGAUACCCAGUGGAUGGAGCGUAUCGACGAGAGACUCGAAGAUCUGCAAAUAGUGGUCCAAACUAACACUGAGCAAGUAGCAGAACUCAAAACACAGUUGGAGUCCCUAAAAGUACCUCCAACUGCUCCAGAAUUAAAUACCACCAUGCAUCUUACUGCUCAGCUUCAACAGUUAUCGGAGCAAGUUCAGAAAAGUCAGCAGAUGAUCUCUGAAAUUAAGCAGCCCAGUCCAGAAGAAUUUCUACAUAAGUUUCAAGCCGUCACCGCCAAAACACCGUCAAUUACUACUGAAAUUAGUUGUCAGACGUUACCAACACAGUCUGCCAUUCCAGUGGAGUAUGAUAUUGGGAUCACUCCAAAUAAUAAGUCGAUGAUAUCGUUACUGGCUCAACAAUCGUCAGCGUGUGGUCCAAAUCCUGGACUGAAAAUCCGUGAGGGCGCGUAUCAACGUCCAUCACCAGAAAAUGCCAGAUUUCCACCAUCAUCACUGCUUGCCCGGAGAAUGGCCCGCCAAGAGUUGACUGAGAAGGAAGUAACGACACUGAGAGCUUCUGGUGCUAUCUCCAAGGAUAUUAAGACCAAGAUCCAAAUGGUAACGUUCGCCAAUUCGUUACCGUACUCGCAGACCACUCCAGCUCCAAGAUAUGAAGUCUCACUGCCACCGAAAGAGGCAUACAAGCAAUUCUUGUCUGGCCUCAACUCUACUCUACCAUCGAACUCUACAGCAGCUGCUACGGAUACAUCACAACAGGUUGUAAUUCACAACGGUAUCCACUUCAUGGAUUUUGCCACCUUCUGCAAGGCUAUUGAGAAGAUCUGCGUCACCGUCAAGCCUCGUAUAUGUCACACAGAACUGAGAGAAUCCUGGACACAAACAGUAACGACACAAGCUCAGUCGUUGUACAUAACCAAUGCGUGUCAAAACUGUCGGCAACGGGAUCAUAAAAUUGCCGAAUGUCGGUUACCAUGGCGGCCUGACAUGUGUCAUGUGUGUUAUCAGGACCAAGUUACAACGGCAACGUGCUUCCGUCCUCACGAUAAACAGUAUAAAGACUAUCUACGGGGACGUUGUCAAGGCUGUGGUAUCCCAGUCCAGCUAUUUGACCCUCACUGUAAUUCCUGCAACCGAAGAUACCCAGGGUACAAGGAUUGGAUCGCAGCGAAAUAUAGUCGAGAAGAAAUUGAGCAGUUUCAUCGAAGUCAUCUACGAGCUGUUAAGAAGACCGAUUAAAAAUAUUUUACUCUACUACGUUACCGAUUUAGAUUGUAAAUCUAAAUAAAAUACAUACACUUAAUCAUAUUCAUCUCAUUGAUUCAUUUUAUUAUUGUUGCCAAUUGUAAUAAUUUUCAAUUACAGC